CCGGACCCGAGUGUUUUCAAAACUCCCCUGCCCAUAUCCCGCCCCGCCUCCGCACAAUCCGACUCCCACCUGAACGCCUUCCCCAUGCUUGGCGGCCCCCAACGCGCCUCCUCCCCCUCCACCCCCCGGAAAAAAGUCCCUCUAGCCCCCGGCCACUCCCCCCUCGACUGGGCCCGCCUCCUCUUCAGCGGCCGGGACCUCCGCGGCGGGGUCAAGCAGCUCGCACGGUUCACACCCUCCGAAGUUGCGCAACACCGCUCGCGAGAUGAUUGCUGGAUGGCUGUGCAGGGGAAUGUGUAUAAUGUUACGCAUUAUAUCAAGUUUCAUCCGGGAGGCGCUGGGCAGCUUUUGAGGGGCGCGGGGAAGGAUGCGACGGAGCUGUUUAUGAAGGUGCAUCCGUGGGUUAAUGUGGAUGGGCUGUUGGGGAAGUGUCAAGUGGGGUAUCUGGUUAAGGAGAGGGAGGGGGAGGUGCAGGAGGGGAAGGAGGGGAAGGAUUCGUUGGGGGUGUGA